UCGCCACCGCAAACGGCAGAGGCCGAGUUUUGCGGGGCCGGGCGUCGCGCUCGGGAGCUGGGUGGGGAGCCCCGAACCCGGCGCUAGAGGGCGCCGCAGCCUCUCCGUCUCUGCCCCGCUGCCUCCUCCCAGCCGCUGAGCGAAUGGAAAGGGACCUGGAGCGCCCGUUUCCUGAGCGGGGGAAGGAGCGGGGCGCGCGCUCUGAUUGUUACGGUCCCGGCGAGCCGCGGGCGACUCUGGGCUGGAGCCGGAGGGAGGAGGAGGAGGAGGAGGAAGAGGCGGAGGAGGCGUCCCCCAGCCGCCAUCCUUGCACAGCUCGGGCCGGCCUCCGCCCUUCCGAAUUGGGUUGCAUCUCUCUCCCGGGGCCGCUUCGCCGGUGCUUCUUGCAAGCCCCUCCGGCUCUCCUCCUCCUCCUCCUCCUUCCAGCCGCUGCGUUGCUCCGGGUUUCUGGUUGCAUCGGAAACAAAGGAAUAAUAAUAAGAAUAAUAAUUAAAAAAAAAAAAAAGGCACUUGCACACACCCCCCCACUUUCCCGCUCCUCCCCGUCCCUCCCCUCCCCUCUUCCGUCCCUCGGGGCUCCCGGACGCGUCUCGCAGCCGCGGCGGGCGGGCAGCCGGAUCGGCGGUGCCUUCCUCGUCCAGCCGGGAAUCCCAAAAAGAAAAGAGAAAAAGGAUGCCUCGGCUGCAGCCGUCGAGGCCCCGCAGCCAGGCAGGGCUCCCGCUACUGCCGCCGCCGCCGCUCCUGCUCCUCCUGCUCCUGGCCGGCCACGUCGCCCGGGCUCAACAGUGGCGGAAUGAAAAUUUUGAGCGGCCGAUUGACAUGGAGGGCUCGGGGGACGAUGACUCCUUUGAAGAUGAAGAACUAGAGGAAAUGGAGGACUUCUAUUCGGGAUCUGGCUCUGGAUAUUUCAAGCAGGACCCCGGAUCCAAGACGGUUGUGCGGCUCACCACGGAUUCACCCAUCCUCCUCGCUACCACCUCCGCUGUGUUGCCUGUCACAUCUGUGCAACCAGUUGCCACCCCUUUGGCACCGCUCCCUACCGAGGAGGUUAUUUCCGAUUCAGCUACCAACGGUCUUUACAUUCCCAGGAUUUCAGAAACACCAGCAGUCACCAUCUGGAAAGCAGUAGGUGUUACUGCAACCCCUGCAGCCCGCGAUGUCGCGACUGCGACUACGACGGCUUCUAGCAUGGCUACCACAGCCUCCACCACAACGGUUACCUCUAGAGCAACAACUGCUGCCCUGAGGGACGUGCUGCCUGUGAUCACAAUUGUUGCCGUGACACAGUCGAUGAUGCUCGAAACCCCGACGACGGCGACUGUAGCCAGAACGGAAAUUCCAGCUUCUCCCCUUGGGACGACCAGUGAGACAAAGGUCAGAGAUACGGCCCAACUCAGCACUUCGCAGGAACCAGAUGUUACCACAGUGCCCCAGCCUCCCACAGCAACACCGACGGAUGCUGCUCAGGCGGAACCCAUGGAAACGACCCUUUCAACAGUUACAAUGAAUGAAUUUGAAGUUCCCAUCAGUGGGGACUUCGAAAUCCACGAGGAGGAAGAGGUUGCUCCGACCGAGCUUGGCAAUGAAGUGGUGCCUCUGGUCACCCCUGCAACUGGGCCAGGGUUGAAAAAGAAAAUGGAACCAGGGCUCCUGGACAAUACAAUAGAGUCUGGAAAUUCAGCAGCACAACUCCCCCAGAAAAACAUAUUGGAAAGGAAAGAAGUGCUCAUAGCUGUGAUUGUGGGAGGGGUCGUUGGGGCCCUCUUCGGCUUCCUGGUGAUGCUCUUGAUCUACCGGAUGAAGAAGAAAGACGAAGGAAGCUACACGCUGGAAGAGCCCAAGCAGGCAAGUGUCACAUACCAAAAACCUGACAAGCAGGAGGAAUUUUAUGCAUAGACUGGAACCUCGAGUGCCUCGCUAUCUCUUUUUCGGUCUCAAUGCUGUCCUUUUUUAACAACAACAACAACAACAACAACACAAACCCAUCUCUAAUUCAACCCGUCUCUUUCUAAUCGAGUCUCAUCAAGUUUAACCUGAAAGAUUGAAGAAACCAACCAUUUUAAAAAGGGUUGCACAUUUUUACAAGGCAACAGAGCUGACUCACAUAGUAGCACAGGAGAUCCUGAAAGGAGUGCCGAUGUGGGGGACCCAAGAGGUAGACCUUUUCGGCUGUUCUCCUGGAAGAUCUUCUGGAAUUAACAGGAAGUCCUGGACUCAUACCUAACUCAGGACUAGAGCACUGAUCUUUUUAAAAAAUUAAGUGGACACUUUUGGUUGUCAAUACUUUCUGAUACUCUUCAAGAUGAGGGUUUAACGUCACGUGCUAGAAGAUGCAAUAUUUGAUCGACCGGGCUGCUCACGAGCCAUCGCCUCUUCCGACUGAGCAACUGUGCUGGAGUUGACCCUUGGGAUUGCUUCUUUGAAGAUAUCACCUGGUCUUCAGGGGGCACUCCUUAACACUCGUGUCUUGCUUCCUUUCUCCCUUCAUCUCAUCCCUGUUCAACAGCCAAAAGACCUCAGAUGCUACCUUUCCCGUUUGCAAACCCAGCCUAAGCUUGCCUUGGUUUCCAACCGAAGCUUGUGCCCAGAUUUAUUGGGAUCCACUGUGACGUUAAACCUUGAUUAGCACAGUAUUCCAAGUCUAGGCAAGAGGCCGAAGAGCAUUUUUUUCUAAGAUAUUGAUCGUGAGGAGGAGAUGGCAAUACCCAAUUUUUUUUUUUAAAGAAAGUCAAGCUAUCUUCUAAAAUCAUGUAGGAAAUAGAUCAUAUUUCACACAUCUUGAUGAAUGGUGUGGUCAUUUCUUCAUUGGUAGGGGACUGGUGGGAGGUUUAUUGGGGAAGAGUAGAAUGACGUGAGCCUAGUUCUUUGAUUCCAUGGGACUCUGUAAAUAGAUGGAUUUAAAAAAAAAUGAAAUAAGUAUAUAGAGAACUUGAGUGGGGGAGAAUCCUGAUUCUUUUGAAGCAGUAAGUUGUAGAGUAAACAGCGAGCAUACAAAAGAAAUGUUUCUGUCAAGUUUGUUGGGCAAGUUCAUAUUUCAUAACGAAGUAGGAGAGGUGACCCGUGCUGACCCCAAAGAGUUAUAAGGACGUUAUAAACCCCAGUCUGAACAAAGAACGAGAAUAAAAACAGUAAAUGAACCAGAUAAUUGGAAUGUUGGAUACCAUGCAAUAAAAUCAAACAAUGGAAAGACCAGUGUUUUAACCUAUUGGAAGGUGAAGUUAGAAUAACAAAUCUGUAGUAAUUGUUUGGGAAAAAAAAAGACAUAUGAAUGAUAAAUGUGCUGUAAUUAUGUCAGUGAUAGAAUGUUGUUACAAGAUGCUUGUUGCUCUUGGUAAUUGAUAAUUCCUGUUGCAUUAACUGAAUGUUGUACACAUGCACCUUGAGUAGAAUGCAAUGACCAGAAGCUGUGAUCAUAUUAUUUAUGGUUGUAAGAAGAAAGUAGGAAGGAUGUAGAGUUGUACAUUAACACGCUCCUGACAAAUACAUAUGGAGAAAAGCUGGGAAUUCUGUUUCGCUUUUAAAAAAGGAGAGAAAGUUUUAAAAAAAUAUCAGUGGUGCAGAUUCCAGCAUCUAAAAGUUUAUCAAAGCCAUGGAAGAGGAAAAAAAAAAAAGGAGUGUUGUUUUUUGAACAAUAGCAAUUGUUAUUGAAUUUUCAAACCAAUACAGUUAAUUAUAGUAGUAGUACUAGUAAUAAUAGAAGUAAUAAUGGUUAAGAACCAAAUCAAUACAUUUCAUUUCAGCCUUUUUGAGUAAAUUAUAUAUAUCUUUAAAAAAAAAUUAAACAGCACAAAAGAAAAAAAGAAUGAAAAAAUAUUUAAAAAAACACUAAACAUUGUGAAAACUUAGUACUUUUCUAUUAUGUCAAAGUAAUAGUAUUGUAUGGUGUUUAUUCAAAUUGUUACAGGUUCGUUUUUAAACUUCCUGUUAAACCUGGAGCAUCCAGAAUCAUAUUGUCCAAUACUGCCUCUUCAUUGCUACAAAAGUUGGAGAGCUCACAAAUUUCAUUAAGUUAUGCUUUGAUGUCUCCUUCUAGUAAUAUAUCAGAAUCACUUAAAAAGGAAAAAAAAAUAACAGUUCAGAUUUGACGUAUCCAAACCUUUUUACAGAUACAGCAUGUUCAGACUUUUGGAAAGUACAGGUUAGUCCUUGAUUUACGACCACAAUUGAGCCCCAGAUUUCUGUUGCUAAACGACAGUUGUUAAGGUAGUUUUGCCCCAUUUUACGACUUUUCUUGCCAACCUUGUGAACUGAAUCACUGCGGUUAUUAAGUUAGUGACCUGGUUGUUAAGUGAAUCUGGCUUCCCCAUGGCCUUUGCUUGUCAGAAGGUUGCAGAAGGGGAUUCCAUGACCCUGGGGGGACACUGCAGCCGGUAUAAGUACAUGUCAGUUGCCAAGCAUCUGAAGUUUGAUCGUGUGACCCCCCCCCCCCGAGGAUGCUGCCAUGGUUGUUAGUGUGAAAAACGAUCCAAAUCCCUUUUCCCAGUUGUAACUUUGACAAGGCACUAAACGAACUGUUGUAAGUGGAGGACGACCUGUAACUUAUUAACAUUCCUAAACUUGAGGGAAGAAAAAAAGAAUUAGCUGUUCAAAACAAAAUGAAAGAAAUCAAAACACCAAUGGUUGGUUAAAAUCCUAUCUAUCACAUAAUAUUACAAUCAUUUGAAUGGGAAAACAGAUAAAAAUGCAUUCCUUCUACAUCUACAUUCAGCAUCUACAUGUCGAUUUGCCCUCAAGGUCUCCCAACAUGUGGGUUAGAAGAGUCUGAAAAAUCAAGACUUUCAGUUGAUCGGAUAGGCCAGGGAUGGCGACCCUACGGCAUGCGUGCCAGAGGUGGCACGCAGAGUCCUCUCUGUGGACACGCGCGCCAUCGCCAGCUGUUUUUCUGGUUUCCAGUGCAUGCAUGUGCACACCGGCCAGCUGGUCUCUGGGUUUCCGGUGCUUCAGCGCCCUUGUGCGCACGUUCCAGUUUGGGCACUCGGUGCCGAAAAGGUUCGCCAUCACUGGGGUAGGCCAAAUGAGCCAAGUGAAAAUGAAUUUGUUACAGAGGUUUCCUUUCAUGUACAGAGGGCAAGGUCCAACAGACGGAGUAGAAACAAUACCUUCAUCCCUCAUCUCUCCUUCAUGCAAUUAUUAUUGGGCAUGUCUGAGUGGGUGGAUGUUUGAACUAAAUUUUAUGGACCUGAUGGGUUCAUUGUGCAAGAUGGCACUCAGUGAACUCUCUCACCAUAUAUAUAUAUAUGUUGUGCUCUCCCAAAGAGCAGCACAGAGUUGCUGUUUGUCAGCAAGAAACAAAAAGCCCAGAAACUUGUGAAUGAGAUUUCACAGAACCAGGGCUGUAGAACAUCUUAGCUUACGUAGGUAAAACCUAUAUAUAUAUAUAUAUAUAUACCAAAUAUAUUUUACUGAUAAAGAAAUAAAGGGAGACUGGUAUAGAUCUAUUUCAAGCUUCUUAGCUCUCAUCAGCCAGCCUUACCCUUACUUGGAUUCGAACCUGGGCUGCUGCUGCUGCUGCUGCAAAAAAAAAAAUGGUUUGUUGUGUGAGGAAUCCGGUCCAAAAAACAUCUGAGAAGAAGAACAGAUGGGAAGACUGGUUUCUGAAUGAUUGUCAAAUUCAGAACAGUCAUCAGGAGGGAGCCUGACUUGAGAGAGACUUAAAUUUGUUGAAUUAAAAAAAACCCAAAAACAAAACAGGUAAAAAGGAAAAUGUUGAAAUUACACACGUGUGUGUGUGUGUGUGUGUGUGUGUCUCUCUCUCUCUCUCUCCAUGUAUAUUGUAUGUUCAAACUUAAAGUUGGUGAGGGCAUAUGCGUAUUUUUAUUCUCAGCCCAUAUUAAUCCACUGAGGGACAAUCCCAUUGAAGGUUAUGGACCAUUUUCUAUCGGUGCAGUGCAGGUUGGUAGAAAUAUGUUUUUUGACCUCUCUAGGACUUGGGAGAAAGUUGUUGGCCCCAAGUGAUCCAUCUGGUUGGAUGUUGAAGGAAGAACUAGAAGCUGGUUCUCCCUGUUCCUAGUCCAGUUUUUUAAGCCACAAUACUGAUUGGCUUGCUGUUGCUGUGUCUCAUCCCACUCUAAACCCCACAUCUCUCUAUACCAGAUCUUGUGUACAGAGUGGGAGAUCUCCUGAGUCCUGAAAAUGUUGCUAAGUUUAGCAGUCAUUUGGAUUGUUCAGCAAACGAUGAUUUAAACCAGGGGUCUCCAACCUUGGCAACUUUAAGACUUGUGGACUUCAACUCUCAGAGUUCCUCAGCCAGCUUUGCUGCCUUGAGAAUUCUGGGAGUUGAAGUCCACAAGUCUUAAAGUUGCCAAGGUUGGAGACCCCUGAUUUAAAUGACUCGGCAAAUAAGUCUGAAUCCAUUUAUGGCACUCUAAUAAAGAUUUCAGUCGAUUCAAGAGACUUUUAUUUUAGUUUGUUCCAGUGGGUUGAGAGAGAUUUAUUCCACGGAAAAUAUGCAAAGAAUUGCAGCUAUAGAUAUCAAGAAGAUAUAGGCUCCAUUUUAAGAAUUGUUUGAUGUCAGGACAUGGGAAAUUGCCUCUAGAGGUUUUGAAGGAGAUUUUAUGAGCCUUUCUUUAACAGUGAACAGAAAAUCCCCCACUCUUUAGUCAUAACAGUUGAGAGGGAGAAUGGACAGGUUUGAUUUAAUGGCUUUAGUCUCACCAGGAAGGAAGGUAAAUCAACAGGGAGAAAGGGAAGGAAAAACAGAAGAAAAAGUUAGGUUUAUAUUCCCCCUCCAGAGAUAAAAGGAUAAAUGUGGUUAUUCUAAAGAAAACAGAAAUCUGUUGGAGUCUUGUUAUUGCCUGACUCAGUGGUGGGAGAUGGAAUUAGUGGUGCCUCUUAAAGAAUUGUAACCAAAAGGGUUUGAACUUGAGAAGUUGAAUAGUCUGCUUUAAGAGAAUAACAGAAUAACAUGAAAAGACGCUGAGCUGUUAAGAUGCUGAAAUCCAAUUCUAACAGAAUAACAGAGUCGGAAGGGACCUUGGAAGUCUUCUAGUCCAAUCUCCUGCUCAAGCAGGAAACCCUACACAUUUCAGACAAAUGCUUGUCCAAUCUCUUCUUAAAAGACCUUAGUCACCUGGUUAACUCUGACUGCAGUUAACUAGUUAACUCUAACUUAGUUCCUUUUAAUGAUAGAAAGAGAGCUAAUCUCUCUGCUUGUCAACUUGAAUAUACCGCUUAUGAGCUGUUGAAUUUUGGUGUUACCGUGUAAGCAUUUUUCAAUCAGCACUUUAUAGUUUUGUUGGAUAUAAUACAUCAUUCCCAAGUAGAGACACUUCAUGACUAUAAAUUAUGGCAUUCACAUCCCAAUAUAUCUGUAGUCACCAAGUUGGGGAGCUUUGAGUCAGCAAACACGUAGUUGUCUGAAGCCUCCCACUUAUAGAGGGAUGAAGCCACACAUUUCCAAUUCCAGAUUUCCUAUCAAACAGUAAUGUUUUGGGUCUAUGACAACUUGCCAUGACCAACUUUUCACGGGACAGUUCGUUGUGGGACAAGAGUUACACUAAUGUCAAAGAAAAGGUGGAUUAGAAUAAUGAAAGAAAGGAUGCAAAAGGAGGGACUGAAUGAAAUGUGAAUGACAAAAAUAAAAACUAUUUUUUUAUUUAUUUUGAAUUAAGUUGAAUUGUUAAAUUGUCCUGUGGCGAAUUGUCCAGCGGUAAAGUUGGCCAUGGCAAGUUGUCCCACAGCACGUUGGCCGUGGUGAGUUGGCUGUGGGAAGUUGUCCCAUUCUGUAAUGUUUCUGGCUGUCUUUGCUUCUCAACCUCAAAAAAAAAGCUUCUGUGUUUUCCUGGAUGGUAGGAAACACUGCAAUGGCAGUGUUUCUCAAUCUCAGCCAUUAUAAGAUGUGUGAACUUUGACUCCUGGAAUUCCCCAGUCAGGCAUGGCUGUUGAAGUCCACACAUCUUAAAAUGGCUGAGAUUGAGAAACACCAAUCUGUGAUAUCACCAGGUAACAGAAAUAUAGGAUUGAGGCUCUUAAGUUCUAGAACACUUUCUCUAGUUUGAUACCUUCUAGAUGUGGAGCAGAAUACAACUCUGUAUUCUGUUUUCAAACAAGAUAGCCAAAGGCUGGCAAUUCUAAGAGGUGAUGAUGAACCAGGUAAGAGAUGGAAACCUUAUGGUCCUCCAGAUGUUGCUACACCUCACCAGCCUCAUCUAGCAUGGGGAAUAAUGUGAGAUGCUGGGACUGACAUCUGGAUAGCACCAGUUCUUUGCCUCUGGGCUUGAGCAACCAAACAUUCAACUGCGUUGAGGCUUAAUUUUGUGUCUUGAAGGCUAAGUAUUUUGGAAGGUGAGGCUAACAAGGCAAGAAAUGAUAUCCUUCUGCAGAAAUACUACUAUAGUAACAAAAAUGUUCCUCCCUCCUUCCCAGAGCUCUUCAAAAGGAGCUUGUCUUGCCGUCAUCCCUUGCCCUGAACAUGCCACCGAGAAAUCUUUCAGAAUGAACUGCCUUAAAUCUUACUCAUGUCAGGAUGAGCACAAGGGACCCAGCCAAUCACUCUGGUGAAAGAUUUAUUUUGAAGAGAAAGCCUUACAAACUCUCACCUUUGAACAAAUUGCCAUUUCUCUUUAGUGGUGUCUUCAAGUUCAAUGAUAUAGUUGUGAGUUUAGUUCUUUUCUAAUUACCGUAUUUUUCAGAGUAUAAGAUACACCUUUCCCCCCCAAAAAAGAGGGUGAAAAUCUGGGUGCGUCUUAUACUCCGAAUGUAGCUCUGCCCGGUUUCUCAAACGGAGGUUUCAGAGGCUGAAAAAAGCUUCAGAAAUGAAGCUUCAGAAAAAAAGCCUCCAAACAGAGCUUUGGAAAAAAAGCCUCAGAAAUGAAGCUUCAGAAAAAAAAGCCUCCAAACAGAGCUUUAAAAAAAAGCCUCUGAAAGGAAGCUUCAGAAAAAAAGUUUCCAAAACAGAGCUUCAGAAAAAAAAAAAAGCCUUUCAGAGGCUUUUUUUCCGAAGCUCUGUUUCGGAGGCUUUCAGAGGCAGGAAAAAAAGCUUUUUCUGAAACAGAGUUUCAGAAGUUUCAGAGGCAAAAAAAUAAAAAUAAAAAUAAAAGCAAGGCACAGAGCUCACAACCAAGGAACCUGUUGUUAAAAUUCACCUCUGGGAACAGCUGAUUGGAGGUAUUCCGGAGGCCGAUCCACCUGCCAAUCAGCUUUUUUCUUAUUUUCCUCCCCAAAAACUAAGGUGCAUCUUAUACUCUGAAAAAUACAGUAUGUUCAGCAUUCUAGACCGGUUUGAGGACUGUGCUUUGGAAGAAUCAUAGCCCAGUUGCAGAACCCCUUGCCUUGUAGAUAAAAAGCUUCAAGUUUAAUGAUUAGUAACUCCAAGGUAGGGCUGAAAAAAUAUAUCUGGACAGUUGCUACUUAAUCAGAGUAGAAGUCUGAGAUAAAUGGCUUUAGAAACAGCAUUCUUUGUACUCCACUAAGGUGUGUUUAGAUGCAGAUAAUUUUUCUGUGAUUCAUCUAGACGUGUGUUUUGUGUGAGCGAGAAAUCAGAAAUAGCUUCUUUAAAACUGACAAUCAGAAAAAAGCAAAAAAACAACACCAUAUUCAUACACGGUUUUAUACAACUUUUUUCUAAAAAAAAUUUCCUUUUAUCAGUAAAACAGCUUGCUUGCUGCAGUGACUUCACCGUUGUGUCUCUCGACAAAAAAAAAAAAGAAAAAUCCAAUCUACCAGUUUUGUAAAUAGGAAACAAAACGUGUAUAAAAUUUCAGAAAGAAAGCAUUGAGACGUUCCAUCUCCCCAAUUAACUCUCAAGAAGAAUUGAAAUGGCAGUGAAAAAUAUCAUCAGAAUUUAGAUAAAAUAGCUCAAAUGAUAUUCUGUGCUAUUAACUCCGGGGAGCAAAGCGUGUAAAUAUUUUAAAGGGUAAAAUGUCUUAAAAUAAAACAAGAAUGUAUAUAACUUCUAGAGAUUAGUAUCAAAAUGGCUAUUUAGUGUCUGUUUAAAAAAAAAAAAAGGAAAAUGGAUGACAAAUUUCUUUUAAAAAGAACCACACAUGUUUAAUUGUUUUUGACCAGAGUCUAUGGCCAAAACUUAAAAAUUAUUAAAAAAAUUUUUUUUUUUGCCAAUGUAACAUUGUAAUGGUAAUGUCUAUUUUUUUUUUUUAAUUACUCCUGUGUUGUGCCCAUUUAUAAAAAGGAGCCAAAAUAAACACAAAUGCUGACUUGGA